AUGCUGGAUCACAUGACUCGCUGUCGAGCGCCUUCAUUCUGCUCUGAGGGACUCAUCCGCGCGUCCUGCGGGAGAAACUCCGAAACUCACGCACUGCGCUGUCAGUGUCGCGUGUUCUUCUCUUCCCGGGUCUCGGAUAAGCGACGCUCAGCUGUUUGAGUUCGGGGACUUCCCCGCAGAAGCGAUCAAACAUGCCGGUCCGUACCGACUGCUGUCAGGGCUCGUCGUUGGCCUGCAUGGCCUCGGCCUCUCUCGUUCCGCCCCCGCCGAUCAAUACCCAUCAGCCCGGCGUCAACACCUCUCUGCUCUACAGCGGCUCCCAGUUCCGCGGCCACCAGAAAAGCAAAGGAAACUCCUAUGAUGUCGAGGUGGUUCUGCAGCAUGUGACCAUGGAGGACUCGUACCUGUGUGGAUACCUCAAGAUCAAAGGUCUGACGGAGGAAUACCCCACUCUCACUACAUUCUUUGCCGGGGAGAUCAUAAGCAAGAAACGGCCUUUUUUAACCAGGAAAUGGGAUGCGGAUGAGGAUGUCGACCGAAAACACUGGGGGAAGUUUCAAGCAUUUUAUCAGUACGCAAAAAGCUUUAAUUCAGAUGAUUUCGACUAUGAAGAACUAAAGAACAGUGAUUACGUCUUCAUGCGGUGGAAGGAGCAGUUCCUUGUUCCAGAUCACACGAUCAAAGACAUCAGCGGUGCUUCCUUCGCUGGCUUCUACUACAUCUGUUUCCAGAAGUCUACCGCCACCAUAGAGGGUUACUACUACCACAGAAGCUCUGAAUGGUAUCAGUCUCUGAACCUCACACACGUCCCUGAACACAGCGCACCCAUCUAUGAGUUCCGGUGACACUGAAGUCCUCGCGUCACGGCAAGAGGGUGAAUCUACAGCGGACGGGGCAAGUGGACAUGAGUGAGAGAGAGGAACUGUCUAAUGAACACGCCAAGGACUCGGCUGUCCUCUCCCCUCAGUGAAAGAAUAUAAGACGGAGGUACCGAUGAUGGAGAACUCUUUCAGGAGACCGUACGCAGGCCGAUCAAGCGAGAGGGAUUCGGGGAUUCGCAACAGUGUUAGCGUUUUGGUUUUUCUUUUAUGUUUUUGAGUUUUUAAUGCUUCUGUCCUCCGAUCAUCUUAGAAAACCAUUUUUUUAUCCGUAAGGUUUGGGGAUUAAGAUCACAGUUUUUCAGGAUGGAAGAGCCAAUUUUUUUUUUCUGUUUGUUUUUCUGCCUUGUUAUUUCAUAAAACAGCAUGGUCAAUCUAGAAAUUUUUGAAAUUUGUUUUAAUUUAUUUUUAAUCGUUCUGUAUGAAAUGACUGUGAUCAGGACAGUGUAUACAGACAGUCUAUUACAGACGUAUGGAAGAUUCCCUGUGCGAUAUGAUGGGUACAGAGAGUUGCUAUUGUCUGUGGCUUGCUCGGCCCUCAGACGGGUUUUUUAUUAACGUAAGGUGUAUCAUCAAAAGUCACAUAUAUAGCAGCUGGGUCUUUCGCUUCUACGUGUGAUAUAUUUUUUAUUAUGAAAUGAAAUGGAGUUGGGUGUUAUGGAAAGAGGCAUAUAUUAUCCCAUGGUGGUAAAGCUAUUUGUAGAGCUGC